AUGAAAGAAGACGUGUUUGUCACUGACGAUGAUGUACCGAAUGGCUCUAUUUUGCCAACUAAGGAUAACGUUGCAAACGAUGAAAAUGCUAUUCAAAGUAUUGAUCCAUUAAUUCAACCAUUGAUCGAUGCAGAUGAAUUAGAAGGUGGCGAAAAUAUCGAUGAAACAUUGCAUAAACUUGAACGAAGAUUUUCAUCAAUUUUAAUUGUUCAUCCUAAUCGACCAAAUGAAAAACAAUCGUGUUCUCAAACAGUUCGUCGAUGUACAGGACUAUUUUAUGCACUUCUUGGUUCAUUUCUAUUUACUUCGUCUGGUUUCAUAAUAAAACAGCUGCGUGUUGACUUUUUUGACGCACUACUCUGUCGAUUUAUUGUACAAACAUGUAUUCUUACUCUUUUCAUUAUUUACAAACGAUAUAAAAUAAUGUAUGGUUCACCAAGUUUAAUUAUUCUACAAAUAAUUCGUACGCUGUUAGCUUCGAGUGGUUUAAUUCUAUUCUAUUCAAGUUAUCGUUUUAUUCCAUUACCAGAUUUAACAACAUUUCGAUAUACACAAGUUAUUUGGACAACUAUUCUAGCUAUGAUUAUUUUACAUGAGUGUAUAUCAAUAUCAACUGUAUUAGCUAUUAUAUUAACAUUAACCGGUGUUGUAUGUGUUGCUCAACCAACUUUUCUAUUUGGUUAUUCACAACAAUUACCGAAUAUAAAUGUAACGAUCAAUAAACAUAUGAAUGAUAUUGAUUUAGAAUCUAAUAGAUCUUAUCGAUUUCAAGGACUUUGUCUUGCACUUGCUUGUGCAUUAGCAAUAUCGGGUAGUAUUGUACUUAAUAAAAAGUUAUUAGUAUUAAAAGUUCCUCAAAGUAUUCUUAUGUUUCAAUUUUCAUUUUUAAAUUUAUCAAUACUUACUAUGAAUCAAAUACGUAAUCGUUUUAUUCUUAGAAUGUAUUCCGAACAAUCGAUGUUUACUUGGCAAUUCUUUCUAGCUGCUUUUGUUUCAUUAAUACAAUUAUUUUCAUCUACACUAACACAAAAAGCAAUUAAACUUGAACAUCCAUCGAUUGUUUCUAUUGUUCAAUCGUCCGAUAUAUUAUUUGCUAUUAUACUUCAAAAUUUGUUUGCUUAUCAAAAAUCAAAUUGGCUAGUAGUACUUGGUUCAUUAUUAGUUACAACAAGCAUUUUUCUUGUAGGCAUUCCUAAAUUUUGGAAUGAUCGAAAGAAAUUAUCAAAGGAAAUGGAUGAAGUAAAAUAA